AUGUGGUUACAGUUGCGCUUCCUGCGUUCCUGCUCACUACUCUUGCUCAUUAAUCUAGUAGUGAUAUGUGGAUUUGCCGACGGAUCCCUAAAGGGGGAGUUAAAUGCAGUUAAUUCUAACCAUAAUGAGAGGUCGGAGCCCCCUCAAACUAGGGCUACCUGGGAUCAACACUCUCUCAUGAUUAACGAUGAACGCAUCAUGAUCUUUUCGGGCGAAUUCCACCCUUUCCGCCUUCCUGUUCCCGGAUUAUGGCUCGAUGUCUUCCAAAAGAUCAAAAGCAUGGGUUUCAAUGGCGUCUCCUUCUACACCGACUGGGGCCUUUUGGAAGGCAACCCUGGAAAUGUUAUGGUCGGCGACAACGGUAUUAACAAUGACACCGAUAUCUGGAAUCUUGAUGAGUUCUUUGUUGCUGCAUCUGAAGCUGGGAUCUAUCUCAUCGCGCGACCCGGUCCAUAUAUCAAUGCUGAAACUUCUGCUGGGGGCAUUCCUGGAUGGGUCCUACGUAUCAAAGGGGCCAUUCGAUCAAUGAGUCCAGAUUAUGCAACUAUAGUUCACCAUCAAAGGAUCUCAUCAUUGUGA